CAAGAUGAAAGGCCUGUAUAUCGUCACACGAUACCUCCCCUUUAUCUUUCUUGCCACGAAUCUAUAUAUGAACUUUACCCCGAAUGAGAACCCAACUAAAUGCCGGGUGUUGGCAAAUAUUGAAUCAGUUUCUCCCCACAGGUCUCGUCGUUGUAUUAGUCAUUUUAUCCGAAUGUUUUUUUAUCCUCAGAACAUAUGUGCUCUGGAACAAAAAUAGAAUCUUGCUCGCAGCCAUGCUGUGCACUUCGUUCAUGUUUAUCGUAGCAUCCUUGAGCGUUACCUUCGACACUACCAUCCCCGCAGCAUAUACGACUAGCGCGAUCCCGGGAGUCACAGGGUGCCACCGGAGUUCGACCAGUUACCAACUCUUCAUACCAUUUCUGCUCUCUUCCGUGUUCGAACUGGGACUCAUGAUCCUCACGCUCAUACGUGCCAUACAGAGCUGGCGGACAAACCCAAGCCGUCUGUACGUUGUCCUGGUGAAUCACAACAUAUCCUAUUAUGCAUGCGCUCUUCUGUUUUCGGUGACUACCGUCUUCACGUUGCUGCUCCUUCAGGAUACUUACCAGACCAUUUUGAAUGGUUUCCAUUAUGCUAUCCUUGUAACCCUCGCCACGCGCAUGCACCUCCAUCUCUGGGAGGUGAACCGACAUCCACACGGCUCUACUAGUGCCCUCGUGCAUAUUCCAAUUGUCAUUCGUGGAUCGAGGCUUGGACCGUACAAGAUGACUGAUGGGGUGGGCCUGAUAGAGUUUUGUUACGUGCUGAAUUUAUAGGAUGAGUCUGUCGCGGGUGGUAGGGGCAUUUGGAUAUCAUUGGUCUAUUUAACACAUGUAUUUUCCACUGUAAGCGGCGGCGUCUGUCCUCAAUGCGAUAGCACUCAA